UGCAAUAUACAUGUCUGGCUUAUAGAAACCACUUGGGGGACAGCUGCACACGCAUGCGCGCGAUAAAAUAUGUAAUAAAAUAAAACGAGAAGAGAGAAUAUACAUCGUAGAGCAGAGAGGUAAAAAAAAAAAAAAGUUAAAAAAACUUAUGCUCAAGCGACUUGGACACCUGUAAAGACAAUUCGUUUACGUGCCUUGUUUAUUUAAUCGAAAUAAAUUCAUUAGAAAUCGAAAUUUUUAAAAAAUAUUUCGAAAAAAAAAUAAUUUAUCUACUGUAAUACUCAAAUUGGUAUUUGAAUUAUUAAAAUUUUUCUUAAUUCAAAGUGUUUUGGAUCAAUAUCAAUGUUGUGCUAGUGUAAAGUAAUAUUUUUUUUUUUUUUCUCCUUUAUUCAUCUCUUUUUAAUAUCAAAAAAAAAUUAAAAUAAUAAGACAAAAAUAUUUCUAUCUUUGGGCGUUGUUUUUUUUUAUUAACUAAGUGUCACGAUGAAGCUCAUUUGCUUUGUUAUUUUACUCACAUUUUUUCAUACAAUAACAUGUCAGAGAACUCCAACAAUAUCAUACAUAUCACAAGAACAAAUAAAAGAUAUUGGUGGAACAGUUGAGCUCCAAUGUUCAGUACAAUAUGGCCAAGAUUAUCCAGUAUUAUGGAUAAAAGCAAAUAAAGGUGGACUUGAUCAGCUUCCAUUAUCAACAAGAACAUCAUUAAUUAUUCGUGACAGUAGAUUUGCCCUAAGAUAUGAUACUGCAACAUCAACCUACACUCUUCAGAUUAAAGACAUCCAAGAAACUGAUGCUGGACAUUAUCAAUGUCAAGUAUUUGUAUCAUUAAACAGUAGAAUAUCAGCUGAAGUUGAAUUACAAGUACGAAGACCACCAUUCAUCAGUGACAAUUCAACACGUUCAACAGUUGUUAGUGAAGGACAACCAGUAACAUUGGAAUGUUAUGCUGGUGGUUUUCCUCAACCAAAAAUAUCAUGGAGACGUGAAAAUAAUGCAAUUUUACCAACUGGUGGAUCAACUUACAAGGGUAAUGUAUUAAAAAUACCAUCAGUUAAAAAAGAAGAUCGUGGUACAUAUUAUUGUGUUGCUGAAAAUGGAGUUGGUCGUGGUGCAAGACGUAAUAUUAAUGUUGAAGUUGAAUUUUCACCAGUAAUAACAGCACCACGUCCACGUUUAGGACAAGCUCUACAAUAUGAUAUGGAUCUUGAAUGUCAUGUUGAGGCAUAUCCACCACCAGCAAUAAUAUGGCUUAAAGAUGGACAACAAUUGGCUAAUAAUCAACAUCAAAGAAUAUCACAUUUUGCAACUGCUGAUGAAUAUACUGAUACAACAAUUCGUAUUAUAACUAUUGAAAAACGUCAAUAUGGUGAUUAUGUUUGUAGAGCUGAAAAUAAACUUGGAACAGAUGAAACAAAAGUUGAACUUUUUGAAACAAUAAUCCCAGUAUGUCCACCUGCUUGUGGCCAAGCUUAUUAUGGUACUGGUGUAUUACCAGUAUCAUCAGGACCUUUGGUAGCUCUUAUUCUCAUGAUUGCUGCUAUUUUCAGAAACUUUAAUACCAGAUAUUAAUUAUGCAGGACUACUGGGUUCAACUGGACAUCAGAACUCGAUAUUUAAAUGGAAAAUUAUAGCUUUUUUCUCCAUUUUAAUUGUAGUUAUUUAAACAUUUUUUCAUAUAUUUUUACUCGAGAUAUAUUGUGCAAAAUGUAUUUACAAUUUUUAUACAAAAUUUUUUACUUAAUUUUUUUUUUUUUUCUAAGCAAUAACUCAACAACGAAUCUCAUUUUUUUUUUAUUUUGACGAAUAGAGUAGGUAAAUUUUGUUUUAUUUUUUGAAUAAUUGUUUUAAAUUUAUAACUCUUUUUUUACAUGAGUAUUAGUGUGUACUUUUUUAAAGACAAUAUUGUACACUAGUUGAAAAGUGUAGAAGUUACAUUAUUAGUAACAGUGUAGAUUUACAUUUAUUCAUGUAAAAAUGAUAAAUAGUUGCAUUAGAUAAUCAUAAAAAUUUCGUAUUCAAUAUCAGUUUGAUUAAUAACACAAUGAAUACGAAAUAAUAAUAAUUUAUAUCAAUAAUUUAUAAAAUUUUGACGAUUAUUAUUUUAUUUUUUUUAAUUAGCAUUUUUAAUAAUCGCUCAAUAAUCAUUUUCCAAAUGUGAUGCAAAAUUAUAUACAUAUAAAUAUAUUUGAAAAAAAAAAAAAACAAAUUUAUAUCAAAAUUUGCACCUUGACUUUUUAAAUA